CUCUCUCCUCUUCGGCUCCACUUUCUCCCCAGUGAGGAUGACAUCCCCGAAUCUGAUGAAGCAGCGGCGCUCUGGUUCCGGCUGGUGGCUUCCCAGGGAGACCCCACAUGUGCGGGCUGACUGGACGAGGAGGUGCCGCGUCUGAGGAGCUUCACGGGAAAAAACCUGCCGGCUGCAGCCGUCUCCCAAUUAGCGACCACAUCCAUCAAGUGGAGAUAAAACCCGCCCGCUUUUGGAAGCAGCCUCAUUCCUUUAAAAAACACCAAAGAGCCAGAAUUGCUGGACACAUGUCGCAGGUCGAGCAGGAGAUCUCACUGGUCCAGAGAAAGAUGUCUGACCUCGAGUCAGUUCUCCAGCAGAAGGACAUUGAGCUGAAGGCGUCAGAGACUCAGAGGACAAUCCUGGAACAAGACCUGGCGACGUACAUCACAGAAUGCAGCAGUCUGAAGCGCAGUUUGGAGCAGGCCCGGAUGGAAGUGACGCAGGAGGACGACAAGGCGCUGCAGCUGCUCCACGACAUCCGAGAGCAGAGCAACAAGCUGCAGGAGAUCAAGGAGCAGGAGUAUCACGCCCAGCUGGAGGAGAUGCGGGUUUCCAUCAGGCAGCUGGAGGAGGACCUGUCGGCCGCCCGCCGCCGCAGCGACCUGUACGAGUCGGAGCUGAAGGAGUCCCGGCAGGCCGGCGAGGAGCUGAAGAGGAAGGCCACGGACUACCAGCACCGGGUGCAGAAGGCCAAAGAGCAGGGCAGAGCAGAGGCUGACGAGAUGAUCACCAAACUGGAGAAGACCAACACCGAGCAGAACUCGAAGAUUCAGGAUCUGCAGGACAAACUCGCCAAGGCGCUGAAGGCCAGCGCUGAGGCCACAGACCUGCUCCAGACCAUGAGGGUGGCCAAAGAGCGCCUGGAGCGCGACCUGGAGCGCCUGCAGACCCGGGAGGACUCCAGCGACAGCCUGCGCAGGCGUCUGCGCGAGACCGAGGACGGCAGGAAGACCCUGGAGAACCAGGUGAAACGGCUGGAGAUGGUGGAGCGGCGCGAGACUAAGCUGAAGGAUGAGAUCCAGAGCAAAGCCCAGCAGAUUCAGCAGAUGGCAGAUAAGAUCCUGGAGCUGGAGGAAAACCUGCGAGAGACUCAAGCCACGGCGCAGCGAUUUGAGACUCAUCUGAAACAGAAGGAGAAGCUGUACGAAGACAAGAUAAAGGUGCUGGAGGCCCAGAUGAAGGCGGACAUGGCUGAUAAGGAAAUGCUGGAGUCCAGUCAGAGCAAAUAUGAGGAGGAGGUGCGGGAGAAGUGCAGCAUCAUCAGCGAGCAGAAGGCGACCAUCAAUGCGAUGGACUCAAAGAUGAACAGCCUGGAGCAGAGGAUCGCUGAGCUGUCUGAGGCCAACAAGCUGGCAGCUAACAGCAGCAUCUACACCCAGAAGAACAUGAAAGCCCAGGAGGAGAUGAUCUCGGAGCUCCGCCAGCAGAAGUUCUACCUGGAGUCUCAGGCCGGGAAGCUGGAGGCCCAGAACGCCAAACUGGAGGAGCACCUGGAGAAAAUGAGUCAGCAGGAGCAGAGCAACAAGAGUCGGGUGAUGGAGCUGGAGACCCGGCUCCGGGAGAUCGGACUUGAGCACGAGGAACAGAAGCUGGAGAUCAAGCGCGAGGUGACGGACCUGACCCUGUCUCUGCAAGAGCGCGAGUCUCAGAUCAGCAACCUGCAGGCGGCCCGCCACGCCCUGGAGAGCCAGCUGCAGCAGGCCAAGACGGAGCUGGAGGAGACCACGGCCGAGGCGGAGGAGGAGAUCACCGUGCUCAGGGCACACAGGGACGAGAUACAACGCAAGUUCGACGUCCUGAGAGACAGCUGUGCGGUGAUCACGGACCUGGAGGAGCAGCUGACCACGCUGACCCAGGACAACGCCGAGCUGAACCGCCAGAACUUCUACCUGUCCAAGCAGCUGGACGAGGCCUCGGACGAGCGGGAGGACCGCCUGCAGCUCAGCCAGGACGUGGACCGGCUGCGGCGCGAGGUGGCCGACCGCGAGAUGCACAUGAACAACCAGAAGCAGAACCUGGAGACCCUGAAGACCACGUGCACCAUGCUGGAGGAGCAGGUGAUGGAGCUGGAGAACAUGAACGACGAGCUGCUGGAGAAGGAGCGGCAGUGGGACGCCUGGCGGUCCACCCUGGAGGAGGAGAAGAACCAGGCGGAGCGGCGGACCCGGGACAUCCAGAGACUGCUGGACACCGAGAAACAGAACCGGCUCCGCUCGGAGCAGCGCAGUUCCGAGUCUCGCCAGGCGGUGGAGCAGGCGGUGAAGGAGCACAAGGCGGAGAUCCUGGCCCUCCAGCAGGCCCUCAAGGACCAGAAGCUGAAGGCCGAGAGCCUGGCGGACACUCUCAACGACCUGGAGAAGAAGCAUGCCAUGCUGGAGAUGAACGCCCGGAGCCUGCAGCAGAAGCUGGAGAGCGAGAGAGACGUGAAGCAGAGGCUCCUGGAGGAGCAAGAGAAGCUGCAGCAGCAGAUGGACGCCCAGAAAACACACAUCUUCCGCCUGACCCAGGGUCUGCAGGACGCUCUGGACCAGACCGACCUGCUGAAGACCGAGAGGACCGACCUGGAGUACCAGCUGGAGAACAUCCAGCUCCACCUGCAGGCUGUGUACUCUCAUGAGAAGGUGAAAAUGGAGGGGACCAUCACGCAGCAGACCAAGCUCAUCGACUUCCUGCAGGCACAGGCCCACGGCGGCUCCAAGAAGAAGAAGGGUCUGUUCGGGCGCCGGCGUGAGGACCUGCUGGCCGCCAUGGCCGCCCAGUCCCAGUCUCAGAGCGGGAGCCAGAGCCAAGGCCAGGUGUCCCCCGUGCCCCCCAUCCAGCCGGUGCCCCUGCAGUACAGCGACAUGAAGGCGGCGCUGGACAAAGAGCGAGCGCGAUGCACGGAGCUGGAGGACGCUCUGCAGAAAAUGAGAGCGGAGCUGCGAUCGCUGAGGGAGGACGCUCUCCAGUGUAAAGACCACAGCGGCUCGUCGGGCGCGUCCGGAGCGCGGCAGCAGAUCCUCAUGUCGGCUCUGGUCAAGUCCCCGGAGCACCAGCAGGGCCCGUCCGGCCUGGCGCCCUCCAACUCCGGCCGCAGGAAGGACACGCCCACUCCCGAGGAGAGAAGGAGGGUCACUUUUGAAAAGUACAGCCGCCGCCUGAAGGACAGUCAGAGAGACCGGGAGAGGGAGAGAGAGCGGGCCGUGCACCACAACACCGCCCACCGCUUCACGGUGGGACUCAACAUGAGGGCCGCCAAGUGCACCGUGUGCCUGGAUACGGUGCACUUCGGUCGCCAAGCAGCGACCUGCCUCGAAUGCCACGCCCUGUGCCACCCCAAGUGCUCGCCGUGCCUCCCCGCCACCUGCGGCAUGUCCAGCGACUGCUCGCUGCACCUGACCGACGGCCUGUGCCGGGAGAAAGGCGGCUCGGCGGGCCAGCAGCUGAAGGAGGCCGGAGGUCACAUGCACCUGGAGGGCUGGAUGAAGCAGCCCAGGAACGGGAAACGAGGCCAAGGCUGGGAGAGGAAGUACAUGAUCCUGGACGGGACCAAGAUCUCCGUCUACGAGAUCGAGCCCAGAGAAGACUCGGUGAAGCCGCUGGAGGAGUUCGACCUCUGCCUGUCGGACGGGGAGGUGCUGGUCCACAGCGCAGUGGGAGCGUCAGAGCUGCCCAACACGGCCAAGUCAGAUGUCCCCUACGUGCUGAAGCUGGAGUCUCGCUGCCACGCCCCCUGCUGGCCCGGCCAGGCGCUCUACUUCAUGGCUCCCAGCUUCCCGGACAAGCAGCGCUGGGUGGCGGUGAUGGAGUCGGUGGUGGCCGGCGGCCGGGCCUCCCGGGAGAAGGCGGAGGCCGACGCAAAGCUGCUGGGAAACUCCCUGCUGAAGCUGGAGGGGGACGACCGGCUGGACAUCAACUGCACCCUCCCCCUGACGGACCAGAUCGUCCUGGUGGGCUCCGAGGAGGGACUCUACGCUCUGAACGUCAUCAAGAACUCGCUGACUCACAUCCCCGGCCUGGGCUCCGUCUUCCAGAUCCACAUCAUCAAGGAGCAGGAGAAGCUGCUGAUGAUCGUCGGAGACGAGCGAGCGCUGUGCCUGGUGGAGAUCAAGAGGGUGAAGCAGACCCUGGCCCAGUCCCACCUCACCCAGUCGGAGCUCACUCCCUACAUCUUCGAGACGGUGAAAGGCUGCCACCUGUUCGCCGCCGGCAGAAUAGACAACGGACCGUGCAUCUGCGCCGCCAUGCCCAACAAAAUCACCAUCCUGCGAUACAACGACAAUCUCAACAAGUACUGCAUCCGGAAGGAGAUUGAAACUCUGGAGCCGUGCAGCUGCAUCCACCUGACCAGCUACAGCAUCAUCAUCGGCACCAACAAGUUCUACGAGAUCGAGAUGAAGCAGUUUGUGCUGGAAGAGUUCCUGGAUAAGAACGACAUGUCGCUGGCCUCGGCCGUGUUCGCCGCCUCGUCUCACAGCUUCCCCAUCGCCAUCAUGCAGGUGGCGAGCAGCCUGCAGAAGGAGGAGUAUCUGCUGUGUUUCCACGAGUUCGGAGUGUUUGUCGACACGUACGGACGGAGAAGCCGCACCGAGGAGAUCAAGUGGAGCCGCCUGCCGCUGUCGUUCGCCUACAGGGAGCCCUACCUGUUCGUCACCUACUUCAACUCGCUGGACGUCAUCGAGGUUCAGGCCCACGCCGCUCUGACUCCGGCGGUCCUGGCCCACCUGGACAUCCCCAACCCCCGCUACCUGGGCCCCGCCAUCUCCUCGGGAGCCAUCUACCUGGCGUCGUCCUACCAGAACAAGCUGCGGGUCAUCUGCUGCAAGGGCAGCCUGAUCCGGGAGUCCGGAGAGCUGCAGAGGACCGGCUCCAGCCGAGGGUCACCCAGUAAGCGAGGCCCCCACACCUACUCGGAGCACAUCACCAAGCGUUUGACGUCGGGCCCCGGCAGCCAUGACGGUCUGCACCGGGAGCCCAGCACGCCGCACCGCUACCGCGAGGGCCGCACCGAGUUACGGCGGGACAAGUCCCCGGCGCGGCCGCUGGACCGCGAGAAGUCGCCCGGCCGGGUGCUUGACAGCCGCAGGGAGCUCCCCGGGAGGUUCGGGGACGGCUCGCGGCUGCACGGCUCCGUGCGCACCCAGCUCGCCCCCGUCAACAAGGUGUGGGAUCAGUCGUCGGUGUGAAUCCAGAGCGGCGUCGCUCCCGACCGGAGGCUGAAGAUUAAAACCCCUCACACCACUGAGUGCAAGCACACUGACACACACACACA